GACCGCUAAGUUGUUUAUAAUGCUCGGUUGCUGUGGCUCUUUGCUUCGAAUCGUUUCCAACGUGCAGGCGCUUUCGGCCUGCCGUUCGUUUUACGUUAGCACAUUACCUUCAGCCACAGUCAAGAAUUUGCAACCAUCGUUUUCAAGAAGGUGUGAAAAUAUGUUGUCACCAUCGAACAUUUUAUUUCAACCAGAGAGGAACACAACAAGAGGAAUGAACUUCCAACCAAACACCUACAAGCGUAUCAAGAAACAUGGCAGACAAAAGAUGUUGUCCUCCGUUAAUGGGAAGAUCACCAUGAUUAGGAGAAUGAUGAAGGGCAAGCCACGAAGAACUUUAACCCAUUGAUAUUUAUGUAAAGUUAUCCUCAUAACUGCUUAUUAUAUGCUCCCAAUAUAUUGUAUGUUCACACAAUAUUUGACACAUUUUAAAAUAUCAACUUUGUAAGUUUCACCUAAUAUUUUCUUGGACCAUAAUUGCGCUGUACUAAUAUAAUUAUAAUGGUAAAAAAAACAAAGAAAACUUUUAACACUUUUUUUUGAUUUGAUCACUUCAAUGUAAAAACUAAACAUGGUGCAUUUUUGUCUUCUUCACCCUGGUUUAUAAUAAAGUGAUUUUAUACCAGUA